AUGCCUAAAGCCAAGAACGUAGCUACGGAGGACUUGGUCGAUUAUGAAGAGGAGGAAGGCGAAUCCAAGGUUGCAACCAAGGACGUUAUAAAGUCGGCGGGAGGGAAGAAGUCGAAGGCGGACGGUACGAUGGGACGCGGCAGCUACGUCGCAAUCCACGCCAGCGGGUUCCGCGACUUUUUCCUUAAGCCCGAGAUCCUCAGGGCGAUCUCGGACGCAGGCUUCGAGCACCCGUCGGAGGUGCAGCACGAGACUAUCCCGCACGCGAUCACGGGAGUCGACAUCCUCUGCCAGGCCAAGAGCGGCAUGGGAAAGACGGCAGUCUUCGUGCUGAGCAUCCUGCAACAGCUCGACGUGGACGCGGACGAGCCCGUCAAAAGGGACGCCCAGGACAACCUGAGGCCGAUCAGCAGAGUUAGCUGCGUGGGCAUCAGCCACACCAGAGAACUCGCAUUCCAAAUUAAGAACGAGUUUGACCGCUUCAGCAAGUACCUGCCCUCGGUGCGCUGCGAGGUCGUGUACGGCGGCGUGCCGAUCCAGAAGGACGUGGCAAUGCUGAAGGACCCGGAGAAGAUGCCGCACAUCCUCGUGGGCACGCCCGGGAGACUCCUGGCGCUCGUCAAGGGCAAGCACCUGAACAUGGACUCGGUCAGGCACUUUGUGCUCGACGAGUGCGACAAGUGCCUGGAGAAGCUGGACAUGCGCCAGGACGUGCAGAGCAUCUUCAUGGCGACGCCGAAGAAGAAGCAGGUCAUGUUCUUCAGCGCCACUAUGACGCCCGAGGUGCGCGAGCUCUGCAAGCGCUUUAUGCAGUCGCCCGUCGAGGUCUUCGUCGACGAUGAGUCGAAGCUGACGCUCCACGGCCUGCUCCAGUACUACGUCAAGUUGUCCGAGAGCGUCAAGAACAGGAAGCUGAACGACCUCCUCGACACCCUCGAGUUCAACCAGGUGAUCAUCUUCGUCAAGUCCGUCUCGAGGGCAGUGACGUUGAACAACCUUCUGACUGAGUGCAACUUCCCCUCAAUCGCCAUCCAUGCAGGACUGGACCAGAGUGAGAGGAUUAGCAGGUACACGCAGUUCAAGAACUUCGACAAGAGGAUUCUGGUGGCCACCGACCUCUUCGGGCGCGGCAUCGACGUCGAACGCGUGAACAUCGUGAUCAACUACGAUAUGCCGGACUCGACCGACUCGUACCUGCACAGAGUAGGCAGAGCAGGCAGGUUCGGAACAAAGGGACUCGCAAUCACCUUCGUCUCCUCGCCAGAGGACUCUUCGGCUCUCGCAGACGUGCAGAAGAGGUUCGAAGUCACAAUUCCGGAGAUACCUGAGACUAUUGACACGUCACUUUACCUCAACCAGUAA